AUGAGCGCCGAUGGGGGUGGCCGUGAGGAGGCGGCCCGGUGGCUCGAGAUCGCCGAGAGGCUACUCCGAGCGCGGGAUCUCGUAGGGUGCAAGCGUUUCGCGGAGCGCGCGGCGGAGGCGGAUCCCUUCGUCGGAGGCGGUGCGGCCGAUCAGGUCAUCGCGGUUGCCGACGUCCUCCUCGCCUCCCAGAUCCGCGUGAACAACCAUGUGGACUGGUACGCCGUGCUUCAGCUCGAUUAUUCCUCCCCUUUUGACCGUCAGCCCUCUGCCGUUCUACGCCAGUACAGCCGCUUUGCGCUCCUCCUCCGUCCGGAUCGCAACCACCUCGAUGGGGCAUCGUUUGCCUUCAACCUCGUAUCUGAUGCCUGGGCUGUCCUCUCAGAUCCCAGCAAAAAAGCCCUUUUUGACUCCGAGCUCGACAUCGCCGUUGCGGCCGCAGCGGCUCAUCCACCUCCGCCUCCUCCUCCGCCUCCCCGUCAUGAUUCGACGAUCUGGGCGGCGUGCACGUCCUGCUUCCAUCUUCACCAGUAUGGCAGCGAAUACAAAGGCAAGAUCUUACAGUGCCCUAACUGCCGGCGGACUUUCUGCGCCACUCCUUUGCAAGCCGAGCCGCCUAUAGUCCCGGGCACCGACACGUACUACUGCUCGUGGGGAUUUGUUCCCCUGGGGUUCGAUCCGCCGGAAUUUGGCGCUGGAUGGAAGCCCUUCCGGCCAAUCUUCCCACUCACUCCAGUCCUUCAACCUCCAUCCUCGGAACAAAAACAGGCGGCCGCUACCCCUGUAAAGGCGACACCUUUAGCUUCCAGAAAGAAAACCAUGGCUAAGAAAAGUGUAGGGGGGAGCAUGCCGAAGAAGGUUUCGGUAUCGGAUGGUGGAACGAGGAGCUCUGAGAGGCUCAAGGCUAGAUCGGCCACUAUCGACAUGAACAUCGAAACUCAAUGA